AUGGCGACCACCACGAGAAGCGGCGGGUACCCGCUGCUACGCGGGGAGGCCUUCAACAACAACUACGACGACGACCACCACCACAAUGACGACAACGAAGAGGGCGAUACCCUGACCCCCUCUCUGGCGCCCUCCCCCGCCUCGUGGGCCGGACGACCCAUCUCUCCGAGCAGCAGCGCCAGCGCGUCGUCCUUCUUCGCCUUCUCGACCUCGUCUUCCUCAACUCCGUCGUCAUCCUUGCGCCAGUCCUCGGCUCGCGGGUGGGGCAGCACCAUCACGUCACCCCCGCCCACCCGUUCCUCCUCCUUUCGCUCGGUCCACCGCCCGGCGCCCCACUCCGAGGUGGCGGGCAAGGAGCAGAAGGAGGGCGGCAAGGGGGAGCGGAAGGGGAGCGGGCGGAUCGAGGUGGAAGGGGCCGCCAAGGUGCAGCUCAUCAGCAAGCUCCGGGACCUCCUGCACGACGGCGGCCCUCCUGCGCAGCUCCUCCUCGUCCGACGCGCGGACGACGGGGCCGCCGCCGCCGCCACCACCGGUGAGGAAGGAGGAGGAGGAGGAGAGAGCAGCCGGGGCGCGCGGCUGUCUCGGAGUCUCUCGCUGAAGCGGCUGACGGGCGGGAAGGGCGGCAGCCUGCGCAAGAGCGACGAGGGCGGGCGCAUGCGCAUGAACCGCUCCCACUCGCUCUCGCGCGACUCUGUGGUCGUCUCGACCGCGGCAGCCGCCGCCUCGCCCUCGUCGUCCAGCUCCACAAUCUGGCGCACCGACCGCGACCGCAGCAGCGACCUCGCGUCGGCCGACGCCCCGCAGCAGCAACAGCGGGAGCGCAGGAGCAGCAGCACGGGCAGCGGCAGCGGAGGCUCUCGCCGCGGAAGCCUGGGACGCAACGGCGACGCCGCGCGCGGGAGCACCAUCUGCACCACCACCACCACCAGCAGCAGCAGCAGCAGCAGUGGCAGCACCAGUAGCAUCCCUGUCGACGAGUACGACCAUGGCCAGCAGCAGCAGCAGCACGAGGGCGAGGGCGAGGGCGAGGGCGAGAAACCGCACGACGGUCUGGGCCACCAAAGCACCGCCCCUGCUGAGAGCGCGGGAGCGGAGGUGGCCACCACGCCCGGGCGCAAGGGAAGCAAGCGGGAGAAGAAGGACAAGAAGGAGAAAAAGAAGAGUAAGAAGGAGAAGAAGGAGAAGAAGGAGAAGACCACGGCGGCGGCGGCACAAACGAAGAAGCAGAAAACGGACAGGCUCGACAAGAAGCGGCGGAAGAACAGCCAGGACAAGAGCGGCGGCGGCGGCGGCGAGGAGGAAGCGGCGGACAAGGACGAGCAGGCCGGCAAGGCGAAGCGCGGCGGCGGCAGCGAGCUACGGCGGUCAGUGUCGUGGUACAAGGAGGCCCACAACCCGCGCCUCGAUCGCAUCGUGGCCGGCGACAAGUCCGCGCUUGCACCCAAGAAGGAGAAGGAGAAGGAGAAGAGCCGAUCGCUGCGUAACAUCUUCCAGCUGCUGACCUUCUCGCAGGAGGUCAAGGCCAACAGCGGCAACAAGGUCGUCAGCAAGCUCCCCGGCGAAGGUGCCCGCCCCAAGCGCAGCCCCUCGGACCCGAGCAGCAGCGGCGGCGGCGCCGCGGACGACCGCCUCUACAGCAGCGGCGAACUCUCCGAUGACGCGCCCGCUCACCGUCAUCGCGACGACCCGCAGGGACCUAGCCCGCGGCGGAGCGGCGCCCCCAAGGACCCCCGCCUCACCGUGAGCGCGGAGGAGCUGCGGGGCCCCAGCUGGGCCUCCGACGCCCGCUCUCACCCCCGCGCCACCGAUGGCGACGACGACAACGACGACGAGGAGGAGGAGGAGGACAGUGACGAGGACCCGGAGCGAGACGAGGCGGACGAGGACGGAGACGCCGACGAGGACGACGACUUCCGCGAGAGCGACAGGAAGGCACGAACACCUCCGCGGCGGCAAGCCGCCUCCUCCGGCGACACGACGGCUGCGGAACGUCACGGCGAUGGCGGCGGCCAUAACGACGAUGGGAAGGCCGGCCGAAAAGGCGGCGAGACGGCGGCGGCGGACGGCUGGAAGAGGAGGAAGAAGCCCAAGCCCACCACCAAGAAGGUGACCACGACGACGACGACGACUACGAAGAAAAAGAAAAAGCGGAAGAGCGAGGCCGCCCUGGAGCGUCGCCUGGCCGACAUCGAGCGGCUGCGACAGCUCGUUGACGACCUGCACGUGCUGCUGGCCGGGCAUCCGGUGCUGCCGGCCCUCACCGAACCCGACGCGCUCCGCCGCGACUCUGGUGCUGCUGCGGAGACGCGCAAGGAGGAGGCAGAAGAGGAGGAGGAGGAGGAGGUGGGCGCGCACUUGGAGUGGCGGGCCAGCACGGAGCACGUGGUGGGCAAGGUGGUGGAGGUCAUGCUCCAGGCACGCGCCCUCUUCCACUCGUGCCCCGACGAGAUCCAGCGGGCCGACAUCCUCUUCAUGGCCCGCCAGCUCAACGCCAGCGCCCACCGCCUCGCCGACGUGCUCGACUCGCGCCCCCGCUGCCCCACCCUCCUCGGCGCGUUCGUGCAGCAUCGGAUCGAGCUGACGGCGGCCAGCCUGGAGCUCGUGGUGGCGUGCGGCCUACCCGAGGAGUGGAUGCGCGCCUACACCGACGACGCCUUCCUCUCCGACGCGUGA